ACAUUACUUGCCUCCCUAUCCGUUCUAUAACCAAUCACAGUCUGUCAAGUGACGAUCAAAGUUCACUCACACUGACCUUUCUUCGAUAAACACAAAAUAACUAUUGUGUGCAUUGUUUUGUUCAUAUUGAUUUUCAGGAAGGAGGACAUACUUGUGUUAUAAAUACAUCGAAAUCAUCGACCACCUGAUAACACCACACAGAUGAAAUCAGCGGAAUUAUCAAGUCGAUUUGUGAGAAGAAAGCCACAGCUGAUUCAGUAUUGGUGAAUCGUGAAACUGAAAUGUUGGACAAAUACCCGAGAAGAGUUAUCGUGUUUCUUGUUGUGAUGUGCUUUAUCACACUGGGGAUAACACCCGAUUUCGCCUUCAUACCUAUUGACAAACAAUUCGAUAUAGUGAUUGCCGUCACAUACAUCGUCCUGGCGAUUCUUGAAAUUGCGUUGAUAUUUUUGCUGAUGAAAUUCGAGAGAAUAAGGAGACGAUUCCCCGCGAAUUUCUUCUUGACGAUGCUGCACGCUGCAUGCUUGUCCGUGCUGACAGAAGCAAUGAUGAUCGGAAAGGAUUACAGAUGGGUACUUGGUGUAAUGGCGUUGGCUGUGGUCCUCUACAUCAUGUGUAUAUCGAUAGGUGCUAGCGUGCGAAGUGAACUCAGGGUGGGCUCUCUGGGAAUGUUGAUAGGCUACAUUGUCUUCUCUCUUGCAGUGGGUGCUGUCACGAUUGUAGUUUUCCACUGGAACGACCACGCUAAAUGGUCAUUGCUAAUUCUUGCAGUAGGAACAACUAUUCUAGUAAUACCAGUUGCCUUAUUUUUCGGUCAGAUAACACUUGGCCAGAUUCAAUUCAGAGAAUUUGGUCGAGAUUACUGUUUUGCUUCAAUUGCUGCACAUGCCGUUCUUCUCAUAUUUCUGAUCACACUCAGCAUUGGACUCAAGUGUCCAACGAAAACGCGAAAUAUGCCGGGACUUGAACCGACUGGGUGCUUCUCAUAACAGAAGCAUUCCAUUGCAAAAGUGUGAAACUUAUAACCAACAUGAAACACUUUUGUUCACCAUGAAAUUUGUA